AUGGCUGUCAUGAAAACUGUGGUCAUCUGGCAUUUUGGGUGUGCCUCUGUGUGUGUGGGUUUUGAAAGGAAGGUAACCAUUACUUUCUGUGAUCUGAGUAUUUUCUUGCAUGCACUUCAGCUAGUCUGUAAAGCAACUCUCUUGGCCACUGCUGUGUGCACUCCGCUGGAGAAUGUAAUGGACACCUUGAUCAGGAUUUUCCAUCACUAUUCUGGCAAAGAAGGAGACAGAUACAAGCUCAGUAAAGGAGAACUCAAAGAGCUCCUCACCUGUGAGCUCUUUCUUUCAGAUCAAAAGGAUUCCAUUCUGGUUGACAAGAUUAUGAAAGAUCUGGACUCCAAUAACGACAAUGAAGUGGAUUUUAAUGAAUUUGUCAUUCUAGUUGCUGCUUUGACUGUGGUGUGUAAUGAUUUCUUUGAAGAACAGCUAAAGAAAGAGGGAUUUUUAAAAGGCUUCGUACAGUCAAUCUUCUGGCCACAAAUGUGA